UAAUAACCAUUUAAAAUUUUUGCUAUUUUGCUUUCAUGUGCACCAGUUAUGCUUGACACAUACAGGUGGUUGGAGCAUGCUGACAGGCUGCCUUAUAAGAGGGCGUGCCUGGCACAUGCAAGCAUACUUAUAGCAAUCUAUUUGAAGAUAUAACUUUUGAUUCAAUAACCAUUUAAAAUUUUUGCUAUUUUGCUUUCAUGUGCACCAGUUAUGCUUGACACAUACAGGUGGUUGGAGCAUGCUAACAGGCUGCCUUAUAAGAGGGCGUGCCUGGCAUAUGCAAGCAUUUAUAGCAAUCUAUUCGAAAACAUUGUGACAAAAAAAUAUAUAGCUGAAGCUAAAUAUCAAGUAUUUAGUAAUUCUUAGUUAUAAAUCAUCAUAUUUAAAAAGCUGCAUGUUUUGUUCCAAAGCCCAUGUAAAUUCUUUUAAUUUGUUUUGACUUAAAAAAUCCAACUUUUCAUGAAAAAGGCAUAUUGACUAAAAUUUAAUCCCGCGAAAUAUCUGAACUCGAUCGAUUCGCAAAAAAUUGUGACAUUUAAGUACUUGAAAGACAUUCAUAACUAUGCAGAAGUGAAAAUGCUGAUAAAUAAACGUAGAGAAUUGAAAACUUAUGAUUGUAUUGUCUGCUUGAAGGUUCCUUCAAUACAUUUUGUGCACCUGUGGAAUUCUAUUAAAAAAUAGAGUGCUUGCUUGCUUGAUAAAUUACAAUUCUUACACUAAAAUUAUAACAAAAAUAAGAAAAUUAACUUGGUGAUCACUACUUGCUUUAUACCAGAGACCUGCACACACCACUAGUAUUAUGUAUAUAUACAAAUUAGGUUAAAACUUAGUUAUUAAACUUGUAAUUAUUGCAAAGAGCUGGAAAAAGAUUGAGAUUUUCUAUCAGCCAACUUCAUGCCUCAUUCGACAGUCUUACAAUCCGGUAUUUGAUCUUGUCAUGUUAAGUCAAUAUUUAAAUCCUUAAUUCCCUUGAGUAACCAUUGUUUUAUAUUAGCUAUAUUUGAAUAAAAUGAGUUGGAGCCGAGCAAUAUGGUUGGAAAACAAACAAGAAGAAGAAGGUACAAUACCAACAGUUUGGAUAAAAAAUAAUUUAGUCUACUGGCCAAGUUUUUUGAAUGUCGAGAAGGCAGCUGCAGAAUUAAAAGAACCUACAGCAUUAUGGCACAAAUUUCCACUAGUCCGAGUUAAAAUUACAGGAGGUACGAUGCUAAGUGGCUUUACUUCAAUUAAUUAGUCAAAUACAACUUUAAAAAAAACUAAUCAUGUAUCAGAACCAUUAUAUAUUAUCUUUACAGAUAGAAAACUAUGUGAGGAGUUUGAUUUCACGGAGGCAGAAACGGAUGACGAAGAAGUCAUCAACUCGCAACUAUAUAUUAAAUGCGCUUACGAUGUCGAUUGUUUUACUUUUAUUCCACUUUCAUUAUAGAAUCAUGAAUAAUGAAGUAAUGUCGGCACUCAACAUGAAAGGGAAGGGAAAAAGUGAAAAGGUUGGGUUUGCAAGGAUGAACUUAUAUAAAGCUGUUGUCGAAACUGUUAUCAAACAUCAAAAGAAUGCGACAGAAGGAGAAGUUCGUGCGUGUACGGCAUCAAUCCUUAAAUAUGCACCUGAUAGAUGUGGAGGAGCGGGAAGAACUAAUGCCGAAGAAAAUUAAAUCGAUUAAUUUUUAAAUAAUUUACAACUUUUAUAUCAGAGAGGAUUAUAAAUUUUUCAAGCGCCGUAAUAAAUUCUUCUAGCUUAUAUUAAUUUUGAUUGGGUGGCAGAAAAUUAGAAUGGCAAAAUGUUAAAGUGAUUUUAGCUCAACAAUUUUUAGUGUUUCUACUAGAGAUCGGACUUGUGACUAGUAAAAGUAUGGAAUAUGCAUGAGUGGGUGCUUUUUUUAAGGAAAUACAGUGCUAAUAUAAUAUUCAUUAUAUUUUUAUUGUAAUUUUCAACCUCGAUUCCUGGACUUCUUGCACCUGGUGAGGACGGUGGCUUUUCACACUUUUUAUAAAGUAUAGCAUCAUGAUCGUAUUUAUUCGCAUCUGGUAUCCUUAACAAACACCCUUGUAUUCAACUCUGACUUCAUUAAGAAAACAUACUUUUUCUCUAACCAAUGCUUGAUUAAAGACUUCGGUGCAACAGUUUUGCUUGACACUUUAGGUGAUUUGAGCAUACUAACAGGCUGCCUUAUCAGGAGGCGUGCCUGGCACAUGAAAUCGCAGCUAUAAAUUUGCAAAUACUGCACGUUUAACAACCUCGUCAUUGCUGCGUUACAUUUUUUGCAUUGGGUUGGAACGCUGGAGAUUCUCACAUAGUACCAGUUGUGAAUACUUGAAAUAUCGUUUUUAUAUUUUGUAUUAUAAAACUCCGUUAAGUUUCAUUUAGGAAGUUUUCAGCGGAGAAGUUGUAUAUACUGCCGAUGUUUAUAAUAAAAAAAUGACAUAUCGUAGAAAUGAUUUUAUUUCUUUUUCGCAAUAACCAUGUACAAAUAACGUAACACAAAUAUAAGCGUCGGAAUCAUGCUAGGGAAUAGAUACAUGGACAUGUAAACUAUGGACAUAUAAAACUGAAGCCACAAUGGCGAUUAUGAUUUGAUUCGGUCAAGUUUGUCUGUUUCUUAAGGUUGAAAAGACGCUGAAUAACGGUUGCGAGAGCAUUUCCAAACGACGUUGAUUAGACGUUGUUAGACGUUUUUUCAACGUUGAAAAGACGUUG